UAUGACACAAUAAACCAAACCGGUUUUAUAGCGUCAGAGUUAUUAUAUAUCGCUAGUACAUAUGUGUGUUUAUAACCACUGCAUUUCAAGAUUCGAUUAUUUUCUCUUUGCGUAAAUCAUAUCAGCAUACGGUGCAUCUCCGUGUUUCAAGAUUCAGGACCGUGACUGUACUAGUGUGUUACUGGAUUGCGAUUUUAAACUGAAAGAUUUUAGAAGUCCUGCUAGUAUCAUACCGUGGUAAAAGACGUUCGAGGGCUCUAACCUCUCCUAAAAGGACGAGAUGAGAUUUGCGCUGGGAAUUUUGGUUGUCUUUAGUGUUGCAGUUAGGGAAUUUCUAGGUCAAGAAACAAUAGCUGUGACAACAACUAUUGGCGAAGUAAUUGGCAAAGCUGAAAUUGUCAGCUCUUUUGAGAAAACUGGAAAACUUCACAAGUUUUUAGGUAUCCCAUUCGCCGAGCCACCAGUUGGAGACCUACGUUUCAAAAAGCCAGUUCCAAAACUCUCAUUAACAACAACGUUAGAUGCUUUUGCUUACAACAACGCUUGCGUUCAGGCAUAUCAGUUUCCAAAUGUAUCCUAUGCUGAAGAUUGUUUAUAUUUAAAUAUUUAUGCACCAGAAAGAAAGAAUGAAACAGACAAGCUUUCGGUGAUGAUAUGGAUAUAUGGUGGCGGAUUUCAUUUUGGUGAUUCGAACAUGUACCUUGCUGAUUAUUUAUCGAUUCACGGAGAUGUUAUAGUGGUGACGUUCAAUUACAGAGUGUCAGUAUUUGGAUUCCUAAGUACAGGUGAUAGUGCUUCGCCGGGAAAUUACGGACUUUGGGACCAGCAGCUGGCUAUAAAAUGGGUUCAUGACAAUAUUGCUGCCUUUGGUGGAGAUACGGAGAAAGUAACCAUCUUUGGCGAAUCAGCUGGAUCAGCCAGCGUAAUCUAUCAAGGAUUGUAUACAGGAAACAAAAAUUUGUUUCAAAGGAUCCUUGCGGAAAGUGGAAGUAUCAUGGUAUGGUGGGCCAGUACUGACGAGGGUCUACGGUAUGCAAAGACAGUAGGAAUGGUUGCAAAUUGUGAAAUGGAAUCGACCCAUGCACUAGUAUUGUGUCUCAGAAACUUACCCGCAGACAUACUGUUAAAUAUAAUUAGUAGCAUUCCAGAAAGUGACGACUUUGCAUCCUUUCCUUUCAGACCAACCUUCGACGAUGACUUUAUUACAUUCGACCCAAAGAAAGUAUUUUAUUCGAACAACUUCCAUUCCCGUGACGUUGUACAAUUCUUCUCUGAUUUUGACUUUUUAACAGGUGUAAAUAUCCUGGAAGGUGUCGAAGGCCUUACUCCCAUGUUCGGUGUAACAGACUACAUCAACUUCGCACCAAAUAGAACUGAAUUUGAAAGGAAAUUGGUUCCUCUUUUGAUUAAAGAAGGCUAUGGCGAGGAUGCGCCUACAGUAUUAAGUAAACUUAUCUCGACCGAAUAUACAAACUGGACAGAUCCAAAUAGUCUCGAUAACGUACGGGAUGAAUAUCUUAGAAUGCAUGGAGACUUCCAGUUCAACGCCGAUAUGUACAAGACUUUAGAUACACACUCGGACCAAUCAUCGACGAAAAAUACCUAUAUGUAUAUGUUGGACAUAGAGCCCGAAACCAGGGCGGCGAUUGAGCAAGUCCCAUGGAUCAAGAAAGCUGCUCAUGGAGAGGAGUUGCCCCUCGUAUUUGGUUACCGCUUCUCAUUUGGAGAACAUUUGCUUUCACCGAAGGAUUGGGAAAUCAAGUUGUCAACAAAAGUGAUGACACUUUGGGCAAAUUUUGCAAAGACAGGAAACCCUAAUUAUCCGGAUGAUCUUGGAAUAAACUGGUCGCAAUAUACGUCGGAUGAUCAAUUUUACUUACACAUGACAAGAAACAUGACGUCCGAAAACGUACGGCAACGUUGGAAUAUAGGUGCAGCUAAUUUCUGGUUAGACAUUGUACCCUCGAUUGCUCAGAUGAAGACUUGCGAAACAAAUUACCCAGGAGGAAUUAACUCGGCAGAGUCUCCGUCACCAUGUGUGAUGUUUUCUCUCCUAAGUGUUUGUUUAUAUACAGCACUGGCAACACUCUUUUAGAAAAACUGAGAAACAUUUGAGAGUCCACGAUGUGUUUUGUCACAUGUAGACGUUAGUUGUGAAAUAAUGUAUCAGCUAAAAAUACUAAACUUCAACAUUUUGUUUACUUGUAUAAAUAACUUGGAAAUGUAAAGUUGUAUUGAUAGUACUACUAAAAUGAUUUAAAUAACAGUUUCUGUCAUUUAGAUUAAACCUGAAUGUAAUGAAUUUGUGCGUGCGUGUGGUUAAGCUCGCUGACUUCAAAUUAUUUCCCCCUCUAAACCUCGUCGAAGAUGUACAAUUAUUUUAUGUCAUGAAGUUAUCAAGUUUACAGACUGAUAGUUGAUGUACAUAGGUACCAGCUCGUGCCUGAAAUUAUGCCUUAAAGGAAAAUUCCAAUAGUGUAAAUCCUAACAUUUGUUUUCUAAAAUGUCUUCGUGCAAAAUUGUAGCUUAUUUAUUGUUUCAGAUUUAAAUCGUUAGUGCGUCAGGUUUUUUUUCUACGCUCAUUUUUAUCACUGUGUCUCAUUCAUAUAACCGCCCAUUAUAACUUACAAAUGAUUGUUCACAUUUUCAUCAGAAUGUAUUUUUUAUUAGUACAAUAUCUAUGUGUCUUCUUUGGAAUACAUAAUUCUUACUUUUAUUCGUAACAUUACAAAUCAUGUAUAUAAAAUUCAUGUUACAUCGUAUUUCUUUUCUUUGUAUUAUAAAAUGCGUGUCAACCUCCAAACAACAAACACGGAAAAGUAAUUGGAAGUAACAACAUUAAAUGUGAAGGUAUACAGGAUGAAAUUAGUAGAAUAAAGAAGGGUACCAGUUUUAUUGUUACCUGGUUAAAUAGCAUUCAAAACGUAGAAGGAACCAGAGUAAUAAUAUCUGUCAUGUGUUUACGAAUUGGAUAGAAAUAUCCGUCCCGAGGGCACCUGCCGCAUUGGGCAAUAAUGAGGCUUGCCGAAUUACCGCCCAUGCGCAGGUGGCCGAGGGACGGAUAUUUCCAUCCGAUUCGUAAACACAUGACUGAUAUUUUUUCUUGCAUAUCGUAUACAUGUUAGCAUUUUAUUCUGUUAGACUUUUUUCUUGCAUACCGUAUUUUACAAAAGGUAGAAAUAGUUUCUUUUUAGCACUCUUUCUUACAGUGGAGAAUGAACACAAAACGCGGGAAAUUAAUGUUUUGCGUUACGCAUAAUAACAAAGUUCCACUUUAGUUUUGUCGUUUGUAGUGUAACGUUAUGUUUUUAUGGUAAACUAACGUAUUUUGAAUCGAGAAAUAUACUAUAAGGAACGGAUAGAAACUAUCAAGGUACCUGCUUUUUUCCUAUUUUACAUAAACAAUAUAUUAUUAGUGCAUGAGCCAGUAGUUGUCAUUAACAACACGAGAGUCAUCUGGCAUGGGGGGGGGUGCCAGAUGGGUUUUGCCGGCAUGGGUAAAAUCACCGGAAACGCCAGUCCGGUAUGCAAGAAAAGAUUUUCAACUACUUUGAGCGUGUCUGAAAAAUGAAAAAAAAAUUGACACCAAUUCAGGCCUCUAUGACCUAGGUGUAUUCCAGUAUCAUACACGGCCGUUUAAUUGCUGGUCCUACCCGCAAAAGAUGACAUUUUAGUGGUUAACGUUAGAAAAUAUUGCUAUUUUGGCCAUGUCUGAAAGGUAUUUCACUCUGUCCAAGCAGACUGUGACUAUGCACGAGUACCUUUGGUAGCCAUUGGGUUCAUGACACUGAGUGCAGGUCAUACAUAGAAAUCAGUAGUGAAAAAUUUAAAUUGAAUUUAUGAUUAUAGUCACUGUUUCCAUCUGUUCAAGUCUCUACAUGUCGAACUGAUACAAUAUACACAUGUGUAGUAAUAUGUCUUUGAUUUAUAUUUAGACCCUUUAGGAGUCAUUAGAGGAGAGGUCUUAUAAGUUGAAGUACCCCUACGUUUACGAUACUGUAUUGGCCACCCUAUGAUUUUGGUAAGCUUUUUAAGCAGUCGGGGUUAAUGGUUAAAAAUGUUCAGUGUCGUUCGUGCCAAGACAUACCAUAAAUGUUGCAGUAAACUGUAUAUGAUUCAUUAAAACAAACGUUUACUUCAAUAAAGCUUGACCUGUAAGAUA